AACGUAUUUUCGUUUGAAUGUCGUCCUUCUCGACUUUUCAACUCUGCACUCUAAACCCAUCCGGCGAGAGCUGUCACUGCGCGCACUGCGGAGGAUUUGUUUUGGUUUUGGUUCGUUGCUGCAAGUGGGAGCGUGUGUGUAGGGCGGCUCACAGUCGAGAAGAAUCUCGGGCACGACAUCCCGCCGUUCGUGCUUCUAAUCAAUCAAACGGUCAAUAUUGGCAUACUUUGUUCUCACUAUCGGUUCGCCAAAUAAUAGCCGUUAGAUAACGCUUGCGAUUAAAACGCGAAACCCCCUCGUCACCGUGUCGUGAAAAUGAUUCGUUCAGUUUUGCUCCUGCGCUCCACGGGCAAGUGGUACUACGGUCGAUCCGGAUUGCGUUUGAGUUUCAACAGUGUGACGGCUUGCACAACGCGAACAAUGCACAGCAAUCCGCUGAAGCAGAGCCAGGCGUACGUCAAUGGCAGCUGGAUUGGGGCCCGGUCGGGCGCCACCUUCGACGUGCAGAACCCUGCCAACGGUGCGGUGCUGGGAGCGGUACCGGACAUGGCCCGGGAUGAUGUGCAGCUGGCCAUCGAUGCAGCGUACGACGCGUUCUACGAGCCGCGAUGGCAUAACAGCACCGCCAAGGAGCGGGCCGCCCUGUUGAAGAACUGGCACGCACUGAUGGAGAAGAACCGGCAGGAGAUUGCGAGCAUCAUGACGGCCGAGUCGGGCAAACCGCUGGUGGAAUCGCUCGGGGAAGUCGCGUACGGUAACUCGUUCGUCGAAUGGUUCGCGGAGGAGGCUCGCCGCAUCUACGGCGAGAUCGUCCCGUCGCCGGUCGCCAAUCGGCAGAUUAUGAUGACGCGCAAUCCGGUCGGUGUGGCGGGCCUGAUUACGCCCUGGAACUUUCCGCACGCCAUGAUCACGCGCAAAGCGGCCGCGGCCAUUGCGGCGGGCUGUACGGUGGUUAUAAAGCCGGCCGAAGACACGCCACUGACCGCGCUGGCGUUGGCUUGGCUCGCUGAGGAGGCCGGCUUUCCGAAGGGUGUUAUCAACGUGAUAACGAGCAGCCGAACGCACGCGGCCGAAAUUGGGCAGCUGCUGUGCGGUAGCGAUAAGGUGGCGGCCAUUUCGUUUACCGGCUCGACCGAGGUCGGCAAGCUGCUGUACCGGCAGUGCGCGGACGGGGUAAAGCGCAUCGGGCUCGAGCUGGGCGGCAAUGCACCGUUCAUCGUGUUUAAGUCGGCCGACAUGGAGAAAGCACUGACCGGGGCCAUGAACUCCAAGUUCCGGAACUGCGGCCAGACGUGCAUUUCGGCGAACCGGUUCCUGAUACAGGACGAGGUGCACGAUGAGUUCGUGACGAAGCUGAUCGAGCGCAUUCGCAAGCUGGCGAUCGGCGAUGGCAGUCGGGAUGGCGUACAGAUUGGUCCGCUCAUCAAUCAGGCCCAGCUGAAGAAGGUGGACCAGUUCGUGCAGGAUGCAAAGGACAAGGGUGCCAAAGUGCACACGGGUGGCAAAACACUGCCCGAGCUGGGUCCGCUCUACUACGAGCCAACGGUCGUGACGGAUCUGCGCGACAACAUGUUGCUUUACAACGAGGAAGUGUUCGGUCCGGUCGUGUCGGUGGUACGGUUCAAGACGGAAGCCGAAGCACUGGCCAUCGCUAACGGUACGCGGCGCGGACUGGCCGGCUAUUUCUUCUCGAACGAUCUGAACCAGGUGUUCCGGGUGGCGCGCCAGCUCGAGACGGGCAUGAUCGGCAUCAACGAGGGACUCAUCUCGGCGACGGAGGCUGCAUUCGGCGGCAUAAAGGAGUCGGGAAUUGGACGCGAAGGCUCACGCCACGGGAUCGAUGAAUAUGUCUACAUAAAAUAUCUGUGCUAUGGCAAUCUCCAGUAAGCUGGGUGUGCUAAUAAUAAGGCAAUAGGCACGGUAGGUGCUACUAGUCAUCUGCAACGCAAUGAAUAAUUCCGCAGCAUUAUAUGCAUAACUUGCGCACACUGAAACAUGCAACUCCAUUGUACGUCUUCCAUUUGCUUGGACAAGAAAAUACCAAUGCAUUAGGCAUUAAGUUAUAACUGUAUAUGUAAACGAAACUGUUUAAUCAAUAAAUCACAUCUAAUGAAGAGUA